GCCACCUGUCUCCCCUAGACUACCUGUGCUCCCCGGAGGAGAAUAUAUAUAAGAUCGACUUCAUCAGGUUCAAGAUUCGGGACAUGGAUUCAGGCACUGUCCUCUUUGAAAUCAAGAAGCCCCCAGCCUCAGAGCGGUUGCCCAUCAACCGGCGGGACCUGGACCCCAAUGCUGGGCGCUUUGUCCGCUACCAGUUCACGCCUGCCUUCCUCCGCCUGAGGCAGGUGGGAGCCACGGUGGAGUUCACCGUGGGAGACAAGCCUGUCAACAACUUUCGCAUGAUCGAGAGGCACUACUUUAGAAAUCAGCUGCUCAAAAGCUUUGACUUCCACUUUGGCUUCUGCAUCCCCAGCAGCAAGAACACCUGCGAGCAUAUCUACGACUUCCCCCCUCUCUCUGAGCAGCUGAUCAAUGAGAUGAUCCGUCACCCAUAUGAGACACAGUCCGACAGCUUCUACUUUGUGGAUGACCGGCUGGUGAUGCACAACAAAGCAGACUAUUCCUACAGUGGGACGCCCUGACCCCUCAACUGCCCUCUACCCCAGGAGCGUCCUGGCCCUCAGAUGUGACUUCCCAGCACUCACCUCUCAUCUCAACCCCAGGUCUUCUGCUUGGGAAGUGUCCCAGGAGCCCUGGACCCUGAGUCAAUGUUGGGAGGGAGGGUGCCUGAUGUCCCCAGUCCAAGUUCAUGAAGCUAAUGGGACCUGGUACCUGGGGUGGGAAAGGGUGGUAGGGGGGAUGUUUGCCUCCAUGUCCAGGAAGGCCUCUUGUGUGAAGAGUGGCCAGGAUUUCUGGACAGCCUAGCUGAGCCUCUUAGGCCCAAGUUUCAGAAUAGUGUUCCCCUAUCCAGGCUUUGACUAGGUUGGGGCAGGGACCCAUUAUCUCCUGCCCAUCACUGACUGGCCAUUUAGACUUGUAAAUUCACAGAUGAAGAUCCGUGGUGGGGUCUGGCUGCCAAGCCUCCCAAGGGAGUCCAGGCCCUGUCCCCAGCCCUAGCCUCCACCAUCAGGGGCCAAGAUACUGCCUUGAGGUGUGGGAGGGAUUGGCCCAGACUGCCACCUGAGGUAGGGGCUGGACCAACUGUAUAUAGUUUUCAAUAAACUCUUUCUCCUUUUCUGUUCUCUGA